UGUAAAUGAUGUGAUACAGACGCUCCCCCUCCACCAGGUCAAUGGGAUGCUGAAUGGAACGGUUGUGCUGCCCAUCAGGAACAUUUCCACAUCAAAGACAUUAAAUAGAAUCGUAUGGGAUUUCCAGCUGCAAAGUGGCGCAUGGUUAAUCAUAGCCAAAUUCCAAGAUGGGGCUCUAGUGCGUCUGAAUAGCAGUGACCGGUUUGGGUCGCGCUUGGAACUGGCAGAUGAGAUCAGCCUGAGGAUCCGAAACCUGGAGAAAGAAGACAGUGGGUUUUAUACAGCCUGGGUGAUGUUUCGCUUGGCAAAGGUUCAAGCGCAUUUGUACCACCUCGAGGUCUAUGAUCCUGUUCCGGUGCUGCAAAUUCGCCACCAAAGAACUUCCAGGUCUUCGGUUUGUUGCAACGUGACCUUGGAGUGUUGGCUGUCCGAAAAGGCAGGACUCAACGUCUCCUGGAGGAUCGGGGAUGAUCUCAGGACCUUAGAAGGAAAUUCAGAGUGGUAUCAGCUCUCCUUCGAUGGCUGGCGUCUCCAUGUUUCCAUGGCGUCCAAUGCAACGGACUCCAACUUCACCUGCCUGGUCUCCAAUCUGGUUGAUCAGAAGCACAUCUCCAUUGACUUGCUCUCCGUCUGCUCCCUUGAAGGUGACGGACCAAUACGGAACCGAUGGUGGCUGUUCGUAAGCAUCGUGGUAUUAUUAUUCCUGGUAGGAUUUUGCACAAUCUGGAAUUGUAGGAAAAAGAGGAAAUGUUUCACCAGACAAGCUGACCCUGCCAGUCCAAGAGUGACCACUCCUGAACAUCUGUCCUAUGAGAACCAAAACGAGAGGAAUUCCCCUGAAAUCAGCAAUUAUGAGGUGAGAUGAUUUCUCAGAACUGGGUGAGAUCUGGUCGUUUGGCAUGUCCACGUCAUUCCUCCAAGGCAUCUACAGUGUCAAAUUGAUGCAGUUUGAUACCUCUUGAACUGCUGUGGCUGAAGGCUAUGGAUCCCAUGGAGUUGGGCAUCGAAUGCUAGGAAAUUGCAUUGAAGGACCUAAAGAGUCCUCAAUGUUCUCCAGACAUCUCUAGAUCCUCCAGAAUAAUCAGAGAAGGUUGACCAUAGGAUCAAACCAGAGAUUCGAU